AAGAAAAAAAGAAAAGAAAAGAAAAUAAGGGAAUAAAGAAUACUAGGGCCUGCCUAUUUUUUCUGUUUCCGGCGUGUUCGUCCCUACCUCCGGCACUCUCACACUUCUCUCUCUCAUAUGAGCUAGGGUUUCGGAGCUUUCUCAUUUUUUUCAAAGGUUUUUGAUUCGAUCUUGUCCGCUUCUUUCACUUGGAUCUUCAUCGACGGAUCUGAAAAAAUGGUGAGAGGAUUGCUUAACAAACUCGCCUCUCGCUCUCUCUCCGUCGCCGGAAAAUGGCAGCAACACCAGCUCCGCCGUCUCAACAUUCAUGAAUAUCAGGGAGCUGAGUUGAUGAGCAAACGUGGAAUCAAUGUUCCAAAAGGUGUAGCCGUUUCUACAGUUGAAGAAGCCAAAAAGGCCGUUCGGGAUGUAUUUCCCAAUGAAAGUGAGUUGGUGGUUAAAAGUCAGAUCCUUGCUGGUGGGCGAGGCUUGGGAACUUUCAAAAAUGGUCUCAAGAGUGGUGUCCAUAUUGUUGAGGCUGGUCAGGUUGAAGAGAUAGCUGGCUUGAUGCUUGGGCAGAUACUUGUUACUAAACAAACUGGGCGUCAAGGCAAAGUUGUCAGCAAGGUUUACUUGUGUGAAAAGCUGUCACUGGUGAACGAGAUGUACUUUGCUAUCACUCUCGACCGAGUAACUGCUGGUCCUCUCAUAAUUGCUUGUCGAGAAGGAGGAACCAGUAUUGAAGACCUUGCGGAGAAAUUCCCUGACAUGAUUAUAAAGGUGCCUAUUGAUGUUUUCAAGGGAAUUACAGAUGAAGAUGCUGCAAAGGUUGUAGAUGGAUUGGCUCCCAAGGUGGCUGACAGAAAUGCUUCAAUAGAACAAGUGAAAAAGUUAUACAAACUUUUCUGUGAAAGUGAUUGCACACAGUUGGAAAUCAAUCCCAUUGCAGAAACUUCUGAUAACCAGUUGGUGGCUGCUGAUGCAAAGCUGAAUUUUGAUGAUAAUGCUGCUUUCCGUCAGAAGGAGAUAUUUGCUUAUCGUGAUCCAACACAGGAGGAUCCUCGUGAGGUUGCUGCUGCAAAAGCGGAUUUGAAUUAUAUUGGCCUAGGUGGAGAAAUUGGUUGCAUGGUGAAUGGUGCUGGAUUGGCAAUGGCUACAAUGGACAUAAUUAAGUUGCAUGGGGGAACUCCGGCCAAUUUUUUAGAUGUUGGUGGGAAUGCUUCAGAAGGCCAGGUUGUGGAGGCUUUCAAAAUUUUGACCUCUGAUGAGAAUGUGAAAGCAAUUCUGGUGAACAUAUUUGGAGGAAUAAUGAAAUGUGAUGUAAUAGCAAGUGGAAUUGUGAAUGCUGCUAAACACGUUCAAUUAAAAGUGCCAGUAAUUGUUCGUCUUGAAGGAACCAAUGUCGACCAAGGGAAGGGAAUUCUGAAGGAAAGUGGUAUGGCACUAAUUACGGCAGAAGAUCUGGAUGAUGCAGCCGAGAAAGCAGUUGAAGCAGUUGAAGAUCUGAAGUUUUUCCGGUGACAAGUUAGGCUUUCAAAGCUUGAAUUAACAAGCGAGAAACUUGACUCAUAUUAUUGAUUCUUGUUUGGAAAUAGUCCGUUACGGUACACAUACAUUAUCAAAUAUUUCUGUUAAGGAUUUCUCCGUUCUUAACAUUGGAGCUUUUGUUUCAGCUAAAUUUGGAAUUGAUAUGAAGAAAAUAAUGAGAGGCUCUUUUGAAGAAUUUUUAUUUA